AUGCCGGAAGCUCCAGGAACAACAAAGCAACAAUCGCUGGACGAUGUCGAGAAAGAGGUAAUCUCGAAAAUUCCGAAUUUGGAUAUUGCACAGCUGCGGUUUGUGUUGAUACGAGAAAAUGAAAUGGGACCGUAUUAUAAGCUUAUUUGCGGCGAAGUUGGAUUUCCUCUUAAUGAGGCACUUCUCGCCGAGCUAAAGGAAGCAAACGAAAAGCGUCUGAAAGAGAUUGACGAUGAAAUUAAGGAUGCCGAGCAAAAUCUAGGAGAAAGCGAAGUUCGGCAGGCGUAUCUCCGAAAAAGUGAAUAUCUCUGUCAGAUAGGCGACAAGGAUGCGGCAGUGUCCUCAUUCAGGCAGACUUUCGAGAAAACAGUGGGCAUCGGAUAUCGCAUCGAUCUCAUCUUCAAUCUCAUCCGACUUGGCCUUUUUUUCCUGGACCAUCAGCUGAUAAACACAAAUAUUGCAAAAGCCAAGGAUCUUAUGGAACAGGGCGGCGAUUGGGAGCGUAAAAAUCGCCUCCGUUCCUAUGAGGGACUUUAUAAAAUGUCGGUGCGUGAUUUGAAAGGCGCUGCUGCUCUAUUCCUCGAAGCAGUGCCGACGUUUGGCUCGUACGAAUUGAUGACUUAUGAGCAGCUCAUCUUCUACACGCUCAUCUUCUACACGGUAAUAUCUGCAGUGUACGCUCUGGAACGGCCAGAUCUGCGCGCAAAAGUCAUCAAAUGCAAUGAGAUUCAAGAGCAGCUAACUGGUGGUGGUCAAAAUGGCGAGCUGGUAGCAGUGAAGCAUUAUUUGGAAGCAUUUUAUGGAUGUCGAUAUGAUGAGCUAUUUGUGGUACUUGCAAAGCUAGAAAGUGAACGACUCAAAUUCGACCGUUACUUCGCGCCACAUUACAAUUUUUACUCACGGGCAAUGCGUCUGAAAGCCUAUGAACAGUUCCUUACUCCAUAUAAAACAGUUCGCCUGCAUAUGAUGGCGAAGGAUUUUGGUGUUUCGAAAGAGUUCAUCGAUAAGGAGCUCCAUCGACUGAUCGCGGCGGGGCAGCUGCACUGCAGGAUCGAUGCUGUACGGGGCGUGAUUAUAAUGAAUCAUCCAGAUUCCAAGAACCACCUGUAUCGCAGCGUUAUCAAGUAA